GAGGAGCGGUCUCAGCCUUCUCUGCCGCCGCCGCCGCCGCCCCGCGUCGAGAGCCCUCCGCCUGGAAGCCGAAGCCGUGAGGAGCCCGGAGGAGCUGGAUGCGCUGCCGGGCGCCGACCGCCCUUCCGCAUCUCUGAGGUCCUUGAGUUCACGCAGGGAGUGCUCCCUCUUCAGCCAGAAGGACAAGAAGGUCCCCGCGGCCCCUCCUCAGGUUCUCCAGCAGCCUUUGGUGGCCCAGCAUGGCCCACUGAGGGGAACCAUGACUGGCUGGCCGACAUGUGCCGCUGACCAUCCACAGUGGUGUCUCACCAGCACGUGACCCUCCUCCGGCCGCCCCCCACUCGCCCGCCCCGCCCAGGAAAGUGCCUGCACCGCCAGGGACAUCAUGUAGUAGGGCCGGCUGCGGCGCCCACUGAGCUGCAAUGGUUUUGUACACGACCCCCUUUCCCAACAGCUGUCUGUCCGCCCUGCACGCCGUGUCCUGGGCCCUCAUCUUCCCAUGCUACUGGCUGGCGGACCGGCUCCUGGCCUCCUUCAUACCUACCACCUACGAGAAGCGCCAGCGGGCGGAUGACCCGUGCUACCUCCAGCUGCUCUGCACCGUGCUCUUCACGCCCGUCUACCUGGCCCUCCUGGUCGCCUCGCUGCCCUUUGCGCUCCUUGGGUUCCUCCUCUGGUCCACCCUGCAGUCGGCCCGCCGGCCCUACGUCUACUCCCGGCUGGAGGACAAGGGCCCAGCCAGCGGGGCGGCCCUGCACAGUGAAUGGAAGGGUACAGGUCCUGGCAAAAGCUUCUGCUUCGCCACUGCCAACCUCUGCCUCCUCCCAGACUCGCUGGCUAGGCUCAACAACGUUUUCAACACCCAAGCCCGGGCCAAAGAAAUCGGCCAGAGAAUCCGCAAUGGGGCCAGUAGGCCCCAGAUCAAAAUCUACAUCGACUCACCCACCAACACCUCCAUCAGCGCGGCCAGCUUCAGCAGCCUGGUGUCACCGCAGGGCAGUGAUGGCGUGGCCCGGGCCGUCCCUGGGAGCAUUAAGAGGACGGCCUCUGUGGAAUACGGUGGGCGUCACCCUAGCGACGAGGCUGCCAAUGGCCUGGCCUCCGGGGACCCAGCUGAAGGUGGCAGCCUUGAGGACGCCUGCAUCGUGCGCAUCAGUGGCGACGAGGGGGGCCGGCCCCCUGAAGCCGUCGACCCCCCUUCUGGGGGCCAGGCCAGGAACGGGGCUGGUGGGGGCCCACAGGGCCAGACGCCCAACCAGAGUCAGCGGGAUGGGGACUCGGGGAGCCUGGGCAGCCCCUCAGCCUCCAGGGAGUCACUGGUGAAGGCGCGGGCCGGGGCUGACGGCGGCGGUGGGGAGCCGGGCGCCAACAGCAAGCUCCCGUACAAGUCCUCGGUGGCGAAGAAGGCAGCCGUGCGCAGGAGGCGCCACCCGGACGAGGCCUUUGACCACGAGGUCUCAGCCUUCUUUCCUGCCAACCUGGACUUCCUAUGCCUGCAGGAGGUGUUUGACAAGCGGGCGGCCGCCAAGUUGAAAGACCAGCUGCACGGCUACUUCGAGUACAUCCUCUAUGAUGUCGGAGUCUACGGCUGCCAUGGCUGCUGCAGCUUCAAGUGUCUCAACAGCGGCCUCUUCUUUGCCAGCCGCUACCCCAUCAUGGACGUGGCCUAUCACUGUUACCCCAACGGGCGGUCCUCCGACAGCCUGGCCUCGAAGGGAGCUCUGUAUCUCAAGGUGCAGGUAGGAAAUACACCUCACGACCAAAGAAUUGUCGGGUACAUCUCCUGCACACACCUGCACGCCCUGCCAGAGGACAGUGACAUUCGGUGUGAGCAGCUGAACAUGCUUCAGGACUGGCUGGCUGAUUUCCGAAAAUCUACCUCCUCGUCCAGCGCAGCCAACCCCGAGGAGCUGGUGGCGUUUGACGUCGUCUGCGGAGAUUUUAACUUUGACAACUGCUCCUCUGACGACAAGCUGGAGCAGCAGCACUCCCUGUUUACACGUUACAAGGACCCCUGCCGCCUGGGGCCUGGGGAGGAGAAGCCAUGGGCAAUCGGUACCCUAUUGGACAAGGACGGUCUCUACGACGAGGAAGUGUGCACCCCUGACAAUCUGCAAAAGGUCCUGGAGAGCGAGGAAGGUCGUCGCGAGUACCUCGCCUUCCCCAGCAGCAAGAGCCCUGGGGGAGGCCAGAAGGGACGCAAAGAGCUGCUGAAGGGCAACGGCAGGCGCAUUGACUACAUGCUGCACGGGGAGGAGGGGCUGUGCCCAGACUGGAAGGCCGUGAGUCUGGGCUGGGCUGGGCUGGGCAUAGGGGACCCUAGCCCUGCACCCCUUGGCAGCACUGAGCUCUCCUCUAGAAAUGGGACGUGCCCAUCCAGGAGGCCUUUGGGGCCCAUGGAUCCUCCCACCCCUCUGCCUUCAGGAAGGUCUGGGCCAGGCCUCUCCUUUACAGGAUGCCCUUUGGGUCUAACUGGGAUGUUUCUCCUUCCCCCCGCCCAGGAGGUAGAAGAAUUCAGUUUCAUCACCCAGCUGUCGGGCCUGACAGACCACCUCCCGGUGGCCAUGCGACUGAUGGUAUCUGCGGGGGAGGAGGAGGCAUAAAUGGGCCAAGUCAUCACGAGCAGCAGGGCCUCCGCCAGCCCUCUGAGCCGCAGUCCCUCCCUGGCCAUGUCCCUUCAGCGAGCACCACCCGUGCUGGGGGAGGCGGGCAGGGGCCUGGGAGAGCUGCAGCCAGUCCUGGGUGAGCUGGAACCAGCGCUGCCCAGCACCUCUGGGCACUUGCCAUGAACAGGAGUCAGGCCGGGCUUGGGAGUCCUGGCUGCCCAACCAGUGCCAUUCUUUCAAAUUGUUAUUUUCUACAAAUCUACAGCACAACCUAGUUUGUAACCCGUGGGUUAGUAUGAGAACCGGGUUUCUGUACUCUUUGUAUCUCUUUUCAAGCUUCGUCCAGGGUUCAUUAUUUUUGUCUGCUGCCAUGUUGUCUCGCAUGCCUGCACCCUCGCAUGCACGCUGCCCGCAUGCCAUGUGCCACGCUGUAGCCACAGACCCCUCACUCGGGCCUCACCCAAGGCCAAACUCCAAACACAAUCAGAACCAGCCAAAGAAGCAUUCCUGGACACACGGCCGCCGGCUCGCCACCUCCAGCCUGGACAGCUCAUGAGCAGGGACCGUGAGGGCUGUGUCCAGUUACCAGCGAGCCCGGGCUCUUCCCCAGGGUCUUGCAUUCAAGGGCGAUUACAUUUUAAAGAAAAUCAAAAAAGUUAAGAACAAAAACAACCCUUCACUUUAAAGGGUCUGCAAGCCACGAGGGAGAAUGCUGCUUUUCCUAAGACAGGCACAGCAGAGCCUGGAGCCUCCCUUGGAGACUCCAAUCUGGGCAAUGGAGCCAUAGACGGGAAUCCAAGGAAAGAGCAUCACUUUUUUACAGGAAAAAGGGCAACUCACGGCAUUAGGGGGGAGGGGAACUUCUGGUUUUGAAAAUGAUAGAUUUGUAGCUUCUCUUCUGUCAAAACCAACACAUCCUCUUUCUGCCUGAUCCUGUCUCCCCUCCGGACACCCUUCUGGUUUGGGACCAAUCUUUUCCUGGGGACUGUCCCCAUCCACGUGCUGGCUGAGCUCAGGAACCGUCCACCUGCCUCUGGGUGGGGCUGCGGCUCUGGCCUCCCAGGCCAAUCCUCAACAGCAACCCGAUCUGGGGGCCCUGGACAAAGGGGCUGGAAGCCAAGGCACAGAGCAGCCUGUCCCCUCACCAGCGUGCAGGCCGGGGGUGGCAAGGCCAAUGGCCACUGCUCGCCCCAGGCAGGGAGUGAUACUGGCUGGCAUCCACUCUGCCACCAUGUGACCAGGGCCAGCCCCAGGCACACGCGCACAGCAUGGCAGAGCCUGCAGGUGAAGCCCACAGCUCCUCAUCCCACGGCAGCACUGCCUCUGCCCACUGGCCUUUUUAAACUCACCUGGGGACGCCCCCCAGAGUCACGCAGGGAGGGUUUUGUCUGCUUCCAGGUGCGAGGCCCCUUCAACUCUGGGAGCUGUUACUGACAACUCCCAAUGGUCUCCCCUCUUCACAGCGCCCCAACCCAUGUGCCCGCCUGGCUCGAGGCCAGUUCUGCCCAACGAGGCUGGGGACACACCAGGACCAUGCUGCCAGGAGCCUCCUGGUGCCAAUAAGCUGAUGCUGUGCCUUGUCACCCACUGAGCUGCAAGAGGGACCAAGAGGGGGCCAAGGCCAGAGGCCAGGCCUGCGCUGGAGUAAGACACUCCUGAGAGCCACACUCACAGUGGCACUGGUUGGUCUGAAUGCCCCUGCCUGGGGCAGCAGCUGAGCUGAGGGCCUCACUGCUUGGAGCACUUCCCUGGGCAGGCCCCCAGUCCCACCCCCCAAGUCAAGCCAGGAGGGGCUGCUCACCAUCUAGGGUGUAGUCCUCCUUGGGCUCUCUGCUGCACCCCUCCUCCAAGGCUGUGGCUCUUGAGGCCCUGGCUAGGCUUCACUGGAUCAGAGGUCUCCAAUCCCAGGAGCAGCCAGGAAUCUGCUCACAGGUGGAGCUCAACAGGGCAGAUGUGAUGCCUAGAUGUCUGGGCCUGAGCCGAGGCCCCUAGGCUGCGGGUCAGCUGUGUGCCCAGGACAGCAGCGGAAGCAGGGCCAGGGCUCCUGAAGCAGAGCGACUCCAGCACAGCUUUCAUCCUUCAGAGGGGCCGCCUGCCUCCCAGGGCAGCUGGGGAGGAGCCAAGGCACAGGGGGCCAUGCUUCUCUCCCUACUCACAGGGCGGCCUUAGGCAAGUCAUACCUCCCUGUGCCUCAGUCAUUUCCUGUCCUAACAAGGUCGCCUCUGCCCAGCCUGCCUAGUGUCCAGAGCAGAGCUGGCCUGGCUCCCCUCUCCCCUCGCACUGCCCUCUGGCAGGGCCUCAGCACUGAGGCCGCCAUCACCCAGCCACGAGUUUCAUCAAGCCUGUGCACCCCCGGGUCUAUGUACAAGCCAGACUUUUCCAUUUCGAUUUUUAAAAAAGAAAGAAAAGAAAUAUCUCAGAUGUUUCUGUGGCAUCUAGGCCUGGGAAGGACGGACCAGGGGUCACCCAAAUCCCCAAGGCCCUGCACCUGCCCCGGGCCCAGCCUCCUCCAGAGAAGGCAGGAGGCAGGGGUCAACUUUGGAAGAAAACGGUCAUUUCAUUUGUCCAGACCACCUUGAGUUUUAAGUAUGGAUAUUAAUCUUGAUGCUUUUUAACUAUUGUAUUAACUUGCUGAGAUUUAGAAAUACUGUUUUAAAAAAGAAAAAAAGACUUUUUUAAUUUCUGUAUUUUUUUCUGUAUUGUAUCCUCAUGGGACAUUAGGGGUUUUAUAUGGUAAGCACACCUGAGGUUUUGGUAAGAACAUUAUCAAAUAUAUAUCCAGACGAUUCUUCCCUAGAAGAAAAACAAUCUUUACACCUGAUAAAAUAUUUUGAAAAGAGAGGUGUUUUUUUUUUCCUUUACUGGUGCUGAAAGGAUGGAUAAUGAGGAAAAAAUAAAACUGUGAGGCUCAA